AUGAGGUCUGGGGGAGAUUACAGCCUGUACCUGAAAUGGAGGAUAAAUAAAGCAGAACAGAGAUCCCAGAGCCAUUUCUCAGAGCCUGAAGGUGCAAAGGGAAACUUCAAAAGGAUAUCUUCCCCCCUUUUACUAGUUCAGUCCAUGGAGCCCUCCUUGGAAGCUGAGCAGAAAAAGGAGGGAGACGUGCAAUCUGCCAGUUCAAAAGAUUGGGACCUGGUGUGUGGACAGAAGCCACUGAAAUCCAUUGUUCAGACAAUAUACAUGGGAGGACAGCAGGCAGGAAGUAUUGUUUUUGGGAUACUCUCUGACAGGUAUGGUCGAAGGACAAUGCUGCUGUGUUCCUCUCUGAUGGCCACCAUUGUUGGUUCCUGUGCAUCCUUUAUGCCCACCUAUGCUGGCUAUGUCGUAUUCCUUUUCCUCAAUGGAGUAGCUCUCACAGGCGUCACUAUCACUUGUCUUUGCCUAAGUGAGUAUCAGAGGAAGUCAGAAUCCUGGUUGUUAUACUAUGGGGCAGAAGCCGGAACGGCAGAGCUCUUAGCAGCCUGGCGAGGAAAGGAGCUGGCAAGUUUUGGCAAAGUUGUGAUGUCUUAUAUUGAAGAGGAUCUUGCAGGUGUGAAGGCUUCUCCUUUUUUCACAGACCUUGUCCGGACACCAGGAAUACGUAUAACCACAUUCUGUCUCAUGCUUGAGUGGUUUGCUUGUGGCUUCUCCUUUUAUGGACUGGGUUUAGACUUGCAGAAAUUUGGGUUCAGCAUUUACUGGGUCCAAUUGAUAUUUGCACUUAUAGAUCUGCCAGGAAAGCUGCUGUCUUCCAUCAGUAUGUCUUACCUGGGACGUCGAGUUACUUUAAUUUCCUUUAUGCUUCUUCCUGGAGUUUUGAUCAUCAUUAGCAUCUUUGUACCUCAAGACAUGCCUGUCUUUUGGAUGAUACUUAGUGUGCUUGGAAAAGGGUUCCUGGGAGGGGCCAUUUCCUGCCUCUACCUUUAUAUAGAAGAACUCUACCCAACUGAAAUCAGACAGAUGGGCCUGAGUGCUGGUCUAUUUAGUAUACGCUUUGGCGCAUUUCUAUCUCCCAUGGUCUUCAUUGGGGGCAGCUACUUCCCUAUUCUGCAGCCCUUGUUGUUUGGGAUGGUCCCCAUCGUUUCCGCAGCUUCUGCCUGCUUCUUGACUGAGACUCGUGGCCUUCCACUUCUGGACACCAUCCAGGAGGCAGAGAACAGGAGCCCCCAUCACGAGUCUCAACAGGCUGGGGGAGGAGAUUAUGAAGAGGUAGCUGUGGCCUUAGGAGUGACUCUUCUGACUUCUAAAGGUCCCCCAGGAGAGCCUAAUGGUUUGCUCUCUUUGCAAUAA